AUGGAGACAGUCAACAAAUACGUCAACUCUGCUUCAACCGUCAUUUGGGGCGAGAACGGCUCUCCCCAGACCCAACAGCACGGCGAAGAGCCCAUCUCCGGUGUCCAAGGCAAAGGAUGUGUCACAGACCCCUAUGAUGGCGGCAACCGCGAUGAACAACCCGGCGCAAUCCAAUCAGACGUCAACACCGCACCCCAGUAUCCCAUCUUUUACAACAAACGAUCAAAGUCCCAAGGAAAAGAAAUUACUAGCAUCACAACUCCACACGCCCCCACCUCCAUCAGUGCCUGCACCAGCGUUACCCCCGCUUUACCUAUCUCCAGUGGCUCUACUGAAGCCAGCAGAAGCAAAGACGACAAUAGCUCCAGCUCCAAUCGAGAACAGCGCAGCAUCUCGCAGGUCGAAGGUGGCGCGAGCAGUGAAUCUCCCCACCCAUCCCGUCCUCAGGAUGUGAGCAAAGAGGCGCUGCAGGGCCCGCAGGGUCCUGCGCCAAGACCUGCCGAGGACUUUGAGAAGGAGUAUAGAGGCAAGAAGUCUGCAGGUAAAGACGAUGAUAUUGAGCAGAGUUCUCCUAGUGAAUCUAGCGAGAAGAGCAACGACUCGCCUUUGAGCAACAUGUCUGAGUCUUCUUCUCACGGCAGUGGAAGGCACGGUACUGUGUCGAAGGUGAAGGAGAGUGUCAAGAAGCGUCUUCAUCAUUCGAGCAAAUAA